GCAUCUUUCUUUGGGUUAGCGGUCAAUGCUCUUUCUUUCUGUUUCUUUUUUGGCCAGCCAAUUCUCUUUCUGUUUAAUUUCCCACCUUUUUAAGAUAAGAGUGAUGUUGUACAAUGGUAGUUUUUAGGAAUUCUUGUUUCAACUGACAUUUUUUAAAGCACAAGCUAAGCAUUACGAUUCCUUCCAAAGUUCCAAUUGGAAAAAGCGGGAAAAGCCAGAAACUAGAGGAGAAAAAUAUGAAGCCUAUCGCAAAUAAUGCUGCCUUGCUUUUGUCUUUCUUCCUUUGCCUCUCUUUUUUGCCCUUACUAAACGCUGCUGGUAAUAACAGCUUAGUUGCGGAAACCUGUCAAAAGGCCAAGUACAAGGAUCUCUGCAUCUCAAGCCUUGAGGCUGAAUAUGCCAGCCAAGACGCCGACCUAGCUGCCCUUGCCUUGAUAGCUGUCGAGGUCGCUUCUAAAAAUGGCUCAGACACAUCCGUCUACAUCAAGAAGACACUCGAUGGUACAAAUUUGGAACCUACAGUCGAGCAGAACUUCGAAGAUUGUUCAGAAAAUUACGUAUCCGCAAUGGAGCAGCUUGAUGAUUCCCUGGAAGCCCUGGUAUCAAAAAAUUACGAAGAUGUGAAAACCUGGUUGGAAGCUGCCAUUACCGAUGCAACCACUUGUGAGACUCAGCUGAUCAAGCAAAGUCCGGGCGAAGAAAUGGAGCUGUUUAAUAAGAAUAACGUCUUUCGCCAGCUAUGUAGCAACGCCUUGGACAUCGUCAAUCUUUUGGCUACAAAUUAAGAGAUAUACUCGCCUAUCUUCAUUUGCUGCUAUUAAUUAUUCCUAAUUACUUUGUUGAGAAUACUCGAUUUUAAUUUCUGUUGUGAAAUUAAACGUGCUAAAACUCUGGUGCAUUUCAGAUGUUCCCUUGCAGCCAAAGUUUUAUGUAAUUGUUGCAUAUUGCAAAGAUAUAAGCGAUAAAAAUAAAGGUU